AUGGUGGCCCAGCGCAGGGUCCCCAGCACAGGUGUGAUGCCCUCACCAUCCCUCCUGAGGGGCCAGUCAGCUCCCAGCAGGAAUGAUGAUGACGGUCAGAUGUGGCCCCUGGGCCAGAUCCAGUCCCAGCUCCCCGUGCGGCCUCUGGGGUUUCUGGAGGGGGCUGAAGAGAAUGCUUCCCCGGCAAGGACGUCUCCAGCCCGGGCGUCUCUAGCCCGGGUGUCCCCAGCCCGGGCGUCCGCGGCCCGGGCAUCCCCUUCCAGGUCAUUGUCUGCCCAGUCAGCCUCCAUGACAUCUUCUCCGACGAGAGUGUACCUUGUUAGAGCAACACCACUGGGGGCCGUGCCCAUCCGGGCAUCUCCUGCCAGGUCAGCGCCAGCCACCAGGGCCACUGAGGAGAGCCCAGGUAUCAGCUUGCCCAAGUUCACCUGGCAGGAGGGCCAGAAGCAGCUGCCGCUCAUCGGAUGUGUCCUCCUCCUCAUCGCCCUUGUGGUGUCGCUCAUCAUUCUCCUCUAUUUGUGGCGGGGCCACACGGGGAUCAAGUACAAGGAGCCGGUGGAGAGCUGCCCCCCCCAUGCUGUGCGCUGUGAUGGGACCGUGGACUGUAAGCUGAGGAGUGAUGAGCUGGGCUGCGUGAGGUUUGACUGGGACAAGUCUCUGCUUAAAGUCUACUCCGGAUCCUCCCAUCAGUGGCUUCCCAUCUGCAGUGACAGCUGGAAUGACUCCUACUCAGAGAAGACCUGUCAGCAGCUGGGUUUCCUGAGCUCUUACCGGACGACCGAGGUGGCCCGUAGGGAUCUUGCCAGCAGCUUCUCAAUCUCCAAAUACAGCUCUACCCUCCAGGAAAGCCUCUACAGGUCUGAAUGCCCUUCCCAGCGGUAUAUCUCUCUCCAGUGUUCCCACUGUGGACUGAGGGCCAUGACAGGGCGGAUCGUGGGAGGGGCGCUGGCCCCAGAGAGCAAGUGGCCUUGGCAAGUCAGUCUGCACUACGGCACCACUCACAUUUGCGGGGGCACGCUGAUCGACGCCCAGUGGGUGCUCACCGCCGCCCACUGCUUCUUCGUGACCCAGGAGAAGAUUCUGGAGGGCUGGAAGGUCUACGCAGGCACCAGCAACCUGCUCCAGCUGCCUGAGGCAGCCUCCGUCUCCCAGAUCAUCAUCAAUGGCAACUACACAGACGAGGAGGAUGACUAUGACAUUGCUCUCAUGCGGCUCUCCAAGCCCUUGACCCUGUCUGCUCACAUCCACCCUGCCUGCCUCCCUAUGCACGGACAGACCUUCAGCCUCAAUGAGACCUGCUGGAUCACAGGUUUUGGCAAGACCAAGGAGACGGAUGAAAAGACAUCCCCCUUCCUCCGGGAGGUACAGGUCAACCUCAUCGACUUUAAGAAAUGCAAUGACUUUUUGGUCUAUGACAGUUACCUUACCCCAAGGAUGAUGUGUGCCGGGGACCUUCGGGGAGGCAGAGAUUCCUGCCAGGGAGACAGCGGGGGGCCCCUGGUCUGUGAGCAGAAAGGCCACUGGUACCUGGCAGGAGUCACCAGCUGGGGCACGGGCUGUGGCCAGAGAAACAAGCCCGGUGUGUACACCAAAGUGACCGAAGUCCUCCCCUGGAUUUAUAGCAAGAUGGAGAGGGAGGUGCGCUUCCGGAAAUCCUAA